AUGGCGGAGGCGGUCGCAGUUAUGCGCGCGAAGAAGAAGGCGGCGGCGAAUGGCGAAAGGGAAGGGCCGGUGCUAACGCGGUCGGAGAGUUUGUUGGACGAGAAGUUCGACGCGUAUGAGGCGGCCAACUACCGCAUGUGGGCUCGAUCCAAGUCCGACGCUUUUUCCAGGCGGUCAAGCACGAGCGCCGACGAGAGCUGCUCGGAUGGCGCGGAUGGCGCGGAUAGCGAGGAUGGCGCGGAGGGCGGAGAGGGGAAGGCGACCGCCGAGGGGGGUCCGCUGAAGCGCAGCUUGACGGAGGAUACGACGGGGAAGACCAUGGCGCGCGGCGCGCUUGACGGCUUGGCGCGCUCGGCCAGCGAUGUCACCCUGCAGGACGCGGAGAUGGACGAGAUGGACAGAGAGGUGCUGCAAGAGGCGUUCGUGCGCGUGGUGGCGCUGCAGCAGCGCGUGCAGCACUACCGCGACCUGGGCGGGUUCGUGGUGCUCAUGGCGCUCUUCAUCACCAUCCUCUACCUCCAGGCCGACUCCUCCCGCAGCUACGAAAUUACCUCCGCGCAUGCCGUGCUCUUUCCCCCCGGCAUGAGUCAGGACGCCUCCAACACCUUCAACGGUCCGGAUGACUUCUACAGCUGGCUCAACACCAGCAUCGUGCAGACUCUGUGGGCGGACCCCACAUGUGGCGACGGCUCGUGCGACCGGCCAUUCCAGUUCCCCGCUUUUGGCCGCUUUGGCUGCGAGGCAGACUGCGGCACGUUCCCCAACCUCACCUCCGUGAUCAUCAGAUUCUCCUCGCACCUUGACACCCAACAGGCUGCGGACGAAUCUUCCUGGAACCUCUGCAUGGUCGACCCAGUCUCCCUCUGCUGGUACGAGGCAUUCCAGCCAUUUCCGCGUGGCGAGUCAGAAGUGUCAGUGGCGUUGGACAUUCCGGACGGCGACUGGGUGGUGGUGCUCAUCGCGCCCGCGGGGGGCAUCCGCGGCACCGUGCACGCGCCCCCUCCCGGCACGCGCCGCCUCUCCGUCGUCGGCGCCGCCUCCUCCAUUGAGCUCGUCGCGUGGGGGUCCUGCUCUCUCGACGAUGGCCUUGCGUCCACCAAUCAGACGCAGCCAGGUGGCAGUGCUGCCGGUGCUUCGCCCGACAUCUGUCGUGAUACGUGUGCAAGGCUGGUGGUCUGCCUGCCAGCAACCUGUGGGCGAGCAUUCACGGAGAGGGAGGUGGCAGGGGCGUUCGUGGACUGUGCGCGCAUGUGCAUCGUUGCACCUUCUUCCAUCACCUCCUAUGCGAAUGCUUCCUGCCCCACGGUGCGCUUCCAGCUCCAUGUUGCCGUGCCGCAUGCAUCCCUGCUCAUCCCAUGUCUCGUGAUUCCAAUACUAUUCAGGGCGUAUCUCAGUUCGGGCAGCAUCCCAUGCCCCCAUCAUGCACAUCCUUCCCUUCAUUCCCCAUACCAGCUUCUCUCAGAUGCGCUCCUUUCACUGAGCGUGGCAGUCUGUCCACUUGAUAUGUCCUUGGCUCUCCCUGCCUCUGCGUGCCGCUCCCUGCCUCUGCGUGCCGCUCCCUGCCUCUGCGUGCCGCUCCCUGCCUCUGCGUGCCGCUCCCUGCCUCUGCGUGCCGCUCCCUGCCUCUGCGUGCCGCUCCCUGCCUCUGCGUGCCGCUCCCUGCCUCUGCGUGCCGCUCCCUGCCUCUGCGUGCCGCUCCCUGCCUCUGCGUGCCGCUCCCUGCCUCUGCGUGCCGCUCCCUGCCUCUGCGUGCCGUUCCCUGCCUCUGUGUGCCGCUCCCUGCCUCUGUGUGCCGCUCCCUGCCUCUGCGUGCCGCUCCCUGCCUCUGCUGAUACGUUUCACCCAGCCGAUCAUAUAUCUGGUGGCAACCGUCGCAAGGUGACCUGCUCCCCUAUUUAUGCCAUCCCUCUACGCCUGUCUCGCUUGUUAUCCCUCGCUCUGUGUGUUUCCUCUUGUGAAUGCUGUUUCCCGGCUGCUCGCUGUCGCUCUCCCCUCCUCACUGCGGCGCUCACAUCUCCAGUUGCUUGCUCCUGCAGUCAUCUCGCUGCUAACUCUGUCAUUCAGUCUUUCACAGCCUCUGUUUCCCAACCUCUCCUCCCCUACCCAUUCCCCCAAAAUCCGUGGUGCAUGGCUGCUCUCUGCUCUCAGGCGCUCUACCGCUUCCACCACUCCCACAGCUAUGAUCGCUGGCCUGCCUCCACUGCCCCUGGCCCCCUUGAUACCUCCUCCCUGCCCGCUGCUGCUGGAGUGCGUUCUCUCGCUGCCCCUGCCGUCGACUCUCCUGCUGCGUCGGCCUCUGCUGCUUCCACGGCCCUCGCAGAAGCGCACCCGCUGGAAACACAGAGAUUUGAACGACUGACAGCGCUGCAGGUGGCGGUGUCGCGAGCCCUCUUCACAGUGACCAAGGAUCAGUGCCUUGCAGGCCACGGGCCGGGAGCGAACAGGAAGCACUCACAGGGAGGCCCGGGCAGCCUGCGGUGGAACAUGGUGGCGUGCUUUUGCACCAUGCUGGGUGGACCUGUGACGACGCUGGAUGAGUGCCGCCUCACGGAUACAGCAGGGCGGCAAGUGUUGUCUAUUUCGGACAUGUAUGUGUACCUGCGCAGCACGCAUGUGAGGGGCGGGCGCGUGAUCUCAGCGCAGCACAUGCGGCGCUUCGUGCAGACGGUGGCGGCGGCGCUGCGGUCCGUGACACUCAUUUCAGAUGCGGCGGCGGCGCGUCUCAACACGCUCAUGCACUCCUUUGAUGAUGCCAUCGCCACCUCCGACGCUGUCGGCUGCUCUCAAGGCGGUGCGUGGUUGCCGUGGCGGGCGGGUGUGAAGCACAACACGACCAUCCAUGUGGGCGACAAGGUCACCUGGGUGUGGGAUGACGACCUCCCACACUCCCUCAAAGUGGCAGCGAUGGGUGAGGCAGAGGACCCACUGUUUCUGGGCUUUGGAGGGAACCGUCUGGUCGUGUCGCGCCUGCUGACAUGCACGCACAUGAACGUGGGCGCGGGGGACACCGUUGAAGAACCGCAGCCAUGCGUGUUGAGGAUGGACGACGAGUCCCCCGGCUCCUUUGCAUACAGCAAGGUGUUUUACGAGCCCCUUACGAUCCACUACGAGGACGGCACUCUCUCGCUCGACGACUCCUCUUCCUCCUCUGAUGUGUCGCUUCUCACUGUGCUGCCUGCACGAGCAGGAGCUGAGGUUGCUGGUGGUGUGCAUGCCACUGACAGCAGCACUCUCUCCAGCACCGCACAUUUCACAACCGCCAGCACCAUCACGCCCUCGACCACCACCACCUCCUCCUCCUCCCCCUCCUCUUCCCCCUCCUCCUCUUCCUCCCCCUCUGCCUCCACCGCCACCGCCGCCGCCGCCGCCGCGGCAACCUACGAGUGCUCGCCGGGGUGCCGGCUGCGGCGGCUGGCGAACGGGGUGUGCGAUGCGGCGUGCAACACGCCGGCGUGCGCCUUUGACGGCGGCGACUGCGCGUGUGUCGACCCGCUCUUUGGCCCCGGCAUCUGCUCCUGUCCCCCGGGCCACACCCGCCACGACGACGGCUCGUGUUGUCUAUCCACGGCGGUGGGAGCCAAUCUCAACUUCCCCUUCUCACUGCAGCGCUACGGCCCCAACUACACAGAGAGCAACCAUGCCUUCGCGGCUGAGAGGGGCAUUGCUGUCAACCGCUACGUGUCUCGCCACAAUCGUUUGCUGAUCGGCAUGGUGCUGCAGCAGGAUCGGUGGGGCACGCAGCACUGCAACGGAUCGGGGCUGUUGCACCUGGCGGGGUGGUGCAGCAACGGCACGUCCUUGGAACCGUUCGGAGUGAACCCGCACUUCCUGCCCACGUCGGCCAUCUACAACAGCGCUGCCAGCGCCAACAUGAGCCAGCUCGACAACAACACAUUUGGCGUCAAACUGAAGUUCAACCCGCAGGGCCUCCCGUACGGCUUCAUCUACCCCAUGGCAUCACUCACAACCCUCCCGCUGGUGUUUGACAUCAAUCUCGACUACGAGGCGGCCAUGCGUCGUCUGCACUACCUGGUGGAUGGCGGCUAUAUCGACAAUGGCACUCGCACUGUCGACGUCAGCUUCAUAACUUUCAACGGCGAGACGCUCACGUUCGUGCUGACCACUGUGAGGUGCACAUUAAACGCGGGGGGCAGCAUGGCAGUCACCUUCAGGUCGCAGCCGGCAGCCAUGGCGAUGUACGAUGCAUCGGCGGACAACAUCGCACGGCUGGUGCUGGAGGUGGUGUAUCUGGUGGGGCUGCUCUGGAAUGUGUGUGGCGAGCUGCAGGAGAUGGCCGACCGCGCUGCUGUUGACGUGCUCUCCCUCGCACUGCUACUUUGGGCAAGCAUGGAACUGG